CAGAGCAUCUCAGGCAAACAUGGAUAUGGCACACAGAGAGAACCAAGAGGAGAGAACCACAGAGCCGGUGGAUAAGAUCACAGAGAAACAAUUCCUUAAAGAGCUCUACCUUUUCAUGAAGAAGAGAGAUACACCUAUAGAGCGAAUACCAAAUCUGGGCUUCAAACAAAUUGAUCUAUUUGUGAUGUUCCAGACUGUCCAGGACUUGGGUGGCUACCACCAGGUGACUGCUCAGCAGCUGUGGAAGCAAGUGUACAACAGGCUUGGAGGAAACCCUCGAAGCACAAGUGCUGCAACCUGCACCCGCAGACAUUAUGAGAAGCUACUUCUACCAUACGAAUGCCAUGUGAAAGGUGUAAUGAUGAAUAUCUUGCCUCAUCAUGAGUCAAAGAACUUCCCCUAUGCCAACUACAGCAAAGACAAGGAUGAUGGCCAGAGACCCGCAAAACGCAAACUGUUAUCAAUACCUCUCCACCAGAACCCUCAGAACCUCCAGCCAGAUCCACAAGGGCGGGUCUUCCCUCUGCAUCUCCACUACCCUCACUAUUAUCACCCAAGCCUUGCAAUUCUGCCCCCCCCUGUCCCUAUAUCCUGCCCAGUUUUGACACCACAUAGCCCCCCUGCGCCCCAGUCCCCAUUUUCUUUCCAACCAUAUCGCCUAAACCCAUCAGACAGGGUAAAGGAGCCACUGGAGCAGUUGCGCUACCUGGCAGAGCAGUACAAAACCACAUCUGGAUUGACUGAGCCACUGAACCUUAGUGUUAAAGCAUCAAGACAGGAAACCAACAGCAACCCUGCCUCAUCAUUCACCCCACCUUCACUGAGCAAGAACCCAAAGUUUUUGAAUAAAGCAUCCCCUCUCUACACUCCUCAUGGUCCACAGGUAGUGAGAAAUGAAGGAUGUGAGACACAAGAUGAUGAGGCAGGUUUAGGAGACACACCAUAUUCAUUUCCGGGCAAAGCUAGGGAAGCAUAUGUCGUUGAUGUCAACGCUAUAACAGCCUCAAGCAGCCCCACAUAUGACUCUGCUCUGACACUGAGAACAGAGGAAGGCACCACCACUAUGACACAAAAACCCAGCUCUCCAAAAGCAGACUUUGCAAUCCGGCCAAAAGAAGACAGAAAGGGGAGUCCCGAAGUAAGGGGGUUAACUCUGAGUCAUGUACUGCCCAGCCUCCCUCGGGAGAAUGGAGGCAAGAUGGAAAUUGAGAUACCGCUGUCUGUGUUUCACAGCUGGCUCAGGCUAUAUGGGCCCUCAGCCACGAAGCAUGAUGCACAAGCUAAUCAGCUACCAACUCUUCCUGCCCUUGAAGAAAACUCUGGACAAAGGAAUUAUUCCGACGCAGACAUCCUUCCCACCAACCUGACAUUUCACAUGAAUUCCCAACACCAGAGCUCAGCUGCUGAGGAUCUAAGGCUAAGGAAGAGGAAUUUGCCAAGCCCCACACUAACAACCCAGACCACCCUUAAUAACCACAAUACAAGCCAAAUCCCAUUCACCAGCUACAAGGCCCUGCCUUCAAGUGGCAUUAUAAAAAAUGCAGCUAGCCGGGAUGUCUAUCUGUUUGAUCAGCAGGAUUUUCAUAAGUCAUACAGCACCAAAUCCCCAAACUGCUGGGAUACCUAUGACAAAGAGACCCAGGCUCUCCCCAUCUAUCCAUCUAGUCCCAUCAGAGUUCAGCAAGACUUUGCAGUCUCUAAAUCCUAUAAUGAAGACACCGUCCCAGGUGGGAAGGAGAAGUCAGAGAUGGCUCCCUCGGGUGUGCUGAUGGUGGAUUCCAGCUCCGCUUCUCUGUUGCACCUCACCACUGAAGAGAUUAUGAAGCUGAAAAAAAUCAUCUCAAGCUCAUCAUGAAGAUCAUUUCAGAUGAUUACACUGAUACUCCAACACCACAUUAAAGCUGACUACAUUACUCUUACACAUAUUGUAUUUUAUUGAAGUUCUCUGUUUAGUAUAAAAAAAAAUA